CCAUACCAAAACAUGAUUUUCAUCUUCACUUUCACCCCUCUCUUCCAUGAUUACAUGUAGGUGUCACAUGAGGCCUUUUCAUCACUAAUUAGAUGAUGAGGCAUUAAGCUAACUUAAAAGAGUCAUAGUUAUCCCUACCUGCACUUGGUUGAAUUUCUUCACUUUGACAUUGAGUAAUUUUCCUAGUCAGUACAAGAAAAUUGUGGUCAUGGCCAUCUUGCUGUAUAUGGUUGCUGCAUGUGGUAACAGUGUUGAAUUUUUCAGCCCAAAUUUUACAGGGCAUCAAAAACUCAACACACUAACAAAUGGCUUGAUUUAUACCAUCAAUGGCACUGGUGUUGUCUUCCUUUGUCAAGUACUUUUUACCAAAAAAGACAUAAUAUAAUACACAUACAAGCUAGGGCUUCAUUGUCCCAGAAUAUCUAAAAACAAAUAUUUUGUGUGUAUAUUGAAAAAUAUAAUUUGUGAACCUCCUAGACAUUCUUUUAAACUCCAUUUCAACCCUGACUAUGAAGAAAACUUUCAAGAGUUAUUUUUUUUAUAUAAAGCUUUUGAGAAUACAUCCUGCCAGAAAUUCCAGUGGAUUUCACAGGGAUGUACUGUAGAGUGGCAGAGGGGAGGGUGGGGCACAGGAAAAAAGUAGGUAGGACAUUAAAACUGUGAAAAUGGGAUAAAAGUAAUGGAAAGAAAGUAGCUACUGAGGGAGUUGAAUAAAACAAGUCUGAUCUGUAUCUGCGUCGUCAGUCAUUUCAGUCAGCAGUCGAUUCUGAAGUACUAAUUAUGAUUGGUUAGCUGAGGGAAAAAUGGCGGAAAUUCCAAAAUGGCGGAUUACGGGCAAAUGUCGCAUUGAAAAAACAAACAGGCAAAAUAUAAUACCAACGGACGUUGAAAGUCAACUUUAUCACUGAUUUAUAACAACUUAAUAAUGUCAGGGGAUAAAAUGAGUAGAAGAGUCAUUUCUCCAACGUUGCAUUCAAGUUCUUCGCCACAACACACCUUUGAAGUCAUGCAACGACGGUUGCAAAUGGCCGAAGAAGAAACAAAAAAAUUGGUCGACCAACUUGCUGAAUAUGGCUUUAGCAGAGAUCGCGCCGAGAAUCUAGAAGGAAGCAAAAGCGGACGGAUAGAACCGGUUCAACCAUUCAAAGCUAGCGGAUCGAUUUCGCCUGAAAUAGAGAUUUUGCAGCGAAAUUAUGAACAAAUGGUCUCGCGAGUUUGCCGGGCUGAAAGCACCAUCCAGUCACUAAAACUCGCGAUGUGCAGUCUGGAAGCCGAGAAAAAUCUUGCUACGAUUGAUAAGGAGCCAGAAAUAGUGACUUUACCCAAAGAAACGUACGAAGCCGAGAUUAAAAAGCUUAAAAAGGACGUGCAGAGGUAUAAAAAAGAGCUGCAAACUUGCGAGGAAGGUCGGAAGGAAGCCCAGGACAUGGUAAAGCGACUUGCUUCGGAAGUGGACAAAUCUUCUCAAAAUGGUGAACAGAAUAGACUGAAAAUAGAAGAGAUUAAACUGGCUAAGCAAAAAUUAAUCAAGAAAAACAAUGAACUGAAGGAGGAAUUGACCAGAGAAAAAGAACUCCGAUCAAGUCUUGAAGAAUCACACCUCUCACUUCUUCAAAGAGUAUCUGACAUGGAGAAGAUUGUUGAAUCAGGACGGGGUGAUGUACAGACACUGGCACAAGACUGUCAAACCCUACGGCGAGAGGCAGUGUUAGCUAGGGAGGAAUGUGAAAAGGCAAACAGACUUAAGGGUCAAUUAGAAGCAAUUGUUACACAACUCCAGGAAGAUGCAGUGAACUCCGAUUCUCAAUUAGCUACACUAACAGUGGAAAGAAAGCUUGCACAUGAGAAAGUUCUUGCAGAACACUACAAAACCAGUGAUACCUUAAAGACGACAACUGCUGACAACAGAGUGUUGAUUUCGCAGCAUAAGAAUGCUCUGCAACGAGAACGAGAGCAAUGGAAUAACCACAUGGCUGAACAGGAGAGAGAGCUGGAAAAGUACAGGAAUGAGAUGGCGCUGGAGGUGGCAAGGGAAAAGGACAAACAACAAUAUCUAGAAAAUGAAAAAUCUGUUUUAAGAGAAGACAUAAACAAGCUUCACAAGCAGUUACUGGAUGAAAAAGGCAAAACUGAGAAACUGAGACAGGAAUUUGACCGAGAAGUUUUCAAUCUUCAAGCCAAGAUAGAUGAGAUGACAAGAGAGAGGGAACAUUUGUCCAAGGAAAAUGAUCACAUUAUGAAUGAGGUGAACCAGGCUGUGAGUGAUUUUUCAAAUGAAAGGGAUAAAGUUGUUGGACAGCUGAGAGAAGCAGAGGGAGAGAUCAAAGGUCUUGAAGAAUCAAAGAAGUUGCUUGAAGAAGAAAACCAAAAACUGUUAGAAAGAAUUUGUGCACUGGAGGACAAACAGGUUAGUCAAAGCCAAAUUGAAGAAUCAAUGAAGGGCAUGAUGGAAUCAAAGAACAGACUUGCUUUUGAGAAAGGAAGCUUACAGUCCAAGGUUGAACAUCUUCAACAAGAGCUGAAUUCAUUAGGGCCAAUAAAGAUGGAAGCUGAGCAACUUAGAAAGAUCAACAACAACUUACAAAAUCAACAAAGCAAGAAUUUGGUUGAACUGCAAUCAUGUAAGACCUCGAUCAAGAAGCUGGAAUCACAAAUCAGAGAGGUAAACAAUUAUUUAAUCGAAAAUGAUCUGUGAUUGUUGCGUUUUAAAGCUCCUU